CUAGUAAGCCUAUGGGGGAAGAACUCAGAAGAAAGCUCAGCACAGUACAAAUUUCCUAAUAGUUUCUCAUUCGGUGUGUGUAACAAUGGCAGGCAGUAGCACUAAACUGAUGGCGCAUCUGAGUGGCCGAUUACAAACCCUAAAUCCCACUAAUCUCUUCCGCCGCACUCUCUGCUACCAACCCAAGCAGCCCAUCUUUUUUCAAUCUCAAAACUACUUAUCUGAUAACGGACUUGCGGACCAAGCAAGUAGUGAAAUUGUGAGGGGACCGCGAUCGGUGUGGAAGGAGCCGUUUGUCGAUGCCUUUCUUAUGAAAAUGAUGCAGAAGGGGGGAAAACUGGCAAACAGGAAGAUUUGGUCGCGAAGGUCCACUAUUUUGCCGGAAUUUGUUGAUUCCUUCGUGAGGAUCUACAAUGGGAAAACUCAUGUUAAAUGUAAAAUUACUGAAGGGAAGGUCGGUCACAAGUUUGGAGAGUUUGCUUUUACUCGGAAACGCAGACCUAAAAAGGACAAUUCUGCAGUCGCAAAGAAGAAGACUAAAAAGUGAAACUCUCUCGUGCCACAGGUGGAGAUGGUGUCCAUUUAUCUAGUUAGAUUGAUUCGAAUAGGUAUAAUGGAGGUCCAGUGGCGAUCUAAGAAGAGUUUGGUUUAAAAACACAACAAAGCAGAUAAGAUAGGUUCCAAGUUCCAGUAUUAUUGCUAUUGAUUUCCUUGUUUUUCGUAGUUACGCAAUAUAGGAAACAAUGUGGCCUACAUUGUUAUCUCUGUGUUUUAUCACUGUCUGAUCAUCUUUUUGUGAAUCUUUUGCUUAAUUAUCUUUUCGUCA